ACUAUAUACCAUGGUUAAUUAAGUUUAAUAUUAUUAAAUAUAAAUAUAAAAUGAAUUUACGAGAACCAAAGAAAAAACGUCGUGUAAAAUUAAAAGAACAAUUACCAUUUCCACUUAUAUUAUCAAGUGAUGAAAAUGAAUGGACAACAUAUACUGCUCAUCUUACAGAUUUAGGAUCAUGUAUAAUAGAUCCAAAAGAAAUUAUUGCAGUACAUUCUAUGGGUUUUUUUGGAAAAGGAUCUUUAUCACGUGGUUUUCCUUCAUUUGGUAAAACACGAUAUGGAGCACCUCCAGUUGUAAGAAAUAGACAAUGGCUUCGUAGACAAGAAUGGUUAAAACAAUUUAAUGAACUUAGCAUAGAAGCUAAUAGUAAAAAUAUAAAUUUAGAAAAAAACAAUUGUGAAUUUUCUCAUUCUAAAAAUAUCAAUCAAGAUGAUGAUGAAUUUUUAGAUAGUCCAACAAAAGAAAGUACACCAGAUAUAAUUGAAAUAGAUACAAAUUCUGCUUCUUUAGAUGAAAAAUAUAAAAAAAAUCAACAAACUAAUAAAACUAAUAAAAAGAUAGAAAAAAAUCAUAUAAAUUUAAAUUCCAUGAAAAGAGAUGAUACAUUAAUUAUUAAAGAAAAUAAACAAUACACUGAUAAUGACAAAAAAAAAUCUAUUGAAAAUGAAGAAAAAGAAUAUUUUAUAGAUUUUAAUUUAAAAGAUGAUGAUUUACAUUUUACUGAUAAUACAGAUAUUGAAAACAAAUUACUUGUCUUACCAGAUAGUGAUACAGAAACUGAAAAUUAUUUAAAAGAAAUAAAACCUAAAAUUGAAUCUGAAAGUUUUCCAAUUCAAGAAACACUCCAUCUUACAUUUGAGGAAACAUUUUUUCUUUUAUAUGGUUUAGGUUGUUUGAAUUUAAUAGAUUUUGAUGGUAAUUUGUUAGAUAUUGAUAGUGCUUGGCAUUUUUUCUGUAAAACUGAUAAAAAUUUUAUUUCAAAAUAUGUUGUAUAUCAUUAUUUUCGAAGCAAAGGAUGGGUAGUAAAACCUGGUCUUAAAUAUGGUGGAGAUUUUUUAUUAUAUAAACAAGGACCACCAUUUUAUCAUGCAUCUUACAUUGUAAUAAUAGAUAUUUUAGAUGGUGAUGCAUUAGUCACAGAUCAAAAUAAAUAUAUGCGCAAAUUAACAUGGAAUAGUUUAUUAGGAUUAGAAAGAUUAUCAGAAACUGCUGCCAAGGAAAUAUUAUUUGCACAAGUUUUAUGGCCAUCUUCAAUUUUACAUACAUCUAAUCUAAAUGUGGAUAUACUUUCUGAAUUUUCUGUAAGAGAGUUAUUAUGGAGAAGAUGGAAUCCUAAACAUAAUAAAGAUGUAGAAGAGGAAGAUGAUGAUUCAUGUUAAUUUUGUAUUUAACAUAUUUUUCAUAAUUGUAAAUAAAGUACAUAAGUUUAAAA